AUGGUGCACAAUCUGACUGUUAUUCUGGUCCUAGCUUUAUAUCUCUUGCCUGGAGUGAAAGGUUCAAUGGUAAAUUUGAAUAAUAAUGGAUAUGAUGGCAUUGUCAUUGCAAUUAAUCCAAGUGUACCAGAAGAAGAAAACCUCAUUCAAAACAUAAAGGAAAUGGUAACCGAAGCUUCUACUUACCUAUUUCAUGCAACCAAACGAAGAUUUUAUUUCAGGAGUGUAAGCAUUUUAAUUCCAGUGACCUGGAGAUCAAAAUCUGAGUACUUAAUGCCAAGACAAGAAUCAUAUGACCGGGCAGAUGUCAUAGUUGCUAAUCCUUACCUAAAAUAUGGAGAUGACCCUUAUACACUUCAAUAUGGACAAUGUGGAGAAAAAGGACAAUAUAUACAUUUUACUCCAAACUUUCUUUUGACUAAUAAUUUGCCUGUCUAUGGAUCCCGAGGCAGAGCAUUUGUCCAUGAGUGGGCCCAUCUCCGAUGGGGAGUAUUUGAUGAGUACAAUGUGGAUCAGCCAUUCUAUAUUUCCAGGAACAAUGCUGUUGAAGCAACAAGAUGUUCAACUCAUAUUACUGGGGUUAACGUGGUUUUCCAGAAAUGCCAGAGAGGCAGCUGCAUAACAAAGCCAUGCACCCGUGACUCACAGACAGGGCUGUAUGAAGCAAAAUGUACAUUCAUACCAGUAAAAUCCCAGAAGGCAAAGGAAUCCAUAAUGUUUAUGCAAAGUCUUAAUUCUGUGACUGAAUUUUGUACAGCAAAAACACACAAUACAGAAGCUCCAAACCUGCAGAACAAAAUGUGCAAUCGCAGAAGUACAUGGGAUGUAAUCAAGGACUCUGACGAUUUUCAGAACGUGUCUCCUAUGAGAGGAAAGAAUCUACCGCCUCAUCCUACAUUUUCUUUGCUCAGGUCCAAACACCGAGUAGUCUGUUUGGUGCUUGAUAAAUCUGGAAGCAUGGCUGCUGAAGACCGUCUCUUACGAAUGAAUCAAGCGGUAGAACUAUACUUGAUUCAAAUUAUUGAAGUGGGAUCAUUGGUUGGGUUGGUCACAUUUGAUAGUUCGGCUACAAUCCAAAAUUAUCUUAUGGAAAUAAACAAUGAGAAUGCCUACCAAAGUAUCACUGCGAAUCUGCCCCUACAAGCUAAUGGUGGAACUUCGAUUUGUGAAGGACUCAGAAAAGGAUUCGAGGUAAUUAUCCAAAGUAACCAGAGCACUUCUGGUUCUGAAAUCAUAUUACUAACAGAUGGAGAAGAUAGUGAAAUAAGGUCAUGCCUUGAAGACGUGAAACGAAGUGGGGCAAUAAUCCACACCAUUGCUCUGGGACCUUCUGCUGACCGAGAACUGGAGACCCUGUCAAGUAUGACAGGAGGACUUCAGCUUUUUGCCAAUAAAGACGUAAAUGGCCUUAUUGAUGUUUUCAGUAGAAUUUCAUCUCCAAGUGGCAACAUUACUCAACGUGCUAUUCAGUUGGAAAGUAAAGCCAUGACUGUUACAGGAAGUAAAUGGAUAAAUGGUACAGUGUUUGUGGAUGGUACAAUUGGAAGUGACACUUUCUUUGUUGUCACGUGGACAAUACAAAAGCCAGAAAUUCUUCUCCAUGAUCCAAAAGGAAAGGUAUAUAAAACCACGGCUUUCAAAGAAGAUAGACUAAAUGUUCGAUCUGCCCGUCUCCACAUACCAGAUAUUGCAGAGAAAGGUAGUUGGACAUACAGCCUUCUAAAUAAUCAUCGCGACUCUCAAACACUAACGGUGACUGUGACUACUCGAGCAAGUAGUUCUACCACACUGCCAGUAACUGCAACUGUUCACAUGAGUCAAAAUAAAGCCCAUUACCCUAGCCCAGUGAUUGUUUAUGCACGAGUCAGUCAAGGGUUUUUGCCUGUUCUUGGAGUUCAUGUAACAGCCAUUGUAGAAGCCGAAAAUGGACCUCAAGUAACAUUGGAACUCUGGGACAAUGGUGCAGGUGCUGACGCAGUCAAAAAUGAUGGCAUCUACUCAAGAUAUUUUACAGAAUACCAUGGAAAUGGUAGAUACAGUUUAAAAGUACGUGUCCAGGCAAGAAAAAACAUGGCUAGGCUAAGUUUAAGACAACGGCCGAACCAAUCUCUGUAUGUACCAGGCUAUGUAGAAAAUGGUACUGUUAUACCGAACCCACCCAGACCUAAAACCAAACAAGACACAGCAGCUACUGGAGUAGGCGACUUCGACAGAGUAGCCUCUGGAGACAUAAUUACUAUAACAGAUGUUCCUCCUGGUGGUAGUGGUACUCCGAUACUCCCACCCAGUAAAAUUACAGACCUCAAGGCUAAGUUUAAAGAUAAUAUUCAACUUUCAUGGACUGCCCCUGGUAGUGUCCUUGACAGAGGAAGAGCCCACCAUUACAUUAUAAAAAUAAGUACGCAUCUCCGGGAGCUUGAAGAAGGUUUUGACAAUGUUACUUUAGUGAAUACUUCCAGUCUGAUACCUAAAGAGGCUGGCUCAAGAGAAAGUUUUGAAUUUAAACCAGAACUUUCUGAAAUAGAAAACGGCACUAGUUUCUUUAUUGCAAUUCAAGCCAUCAAUGAAGCCAAUCUCACCUCGACUAUUUCUAACAUUGCACACGCAACCAAGUUUAUUCCUCCCCAGGAACCCAGUGCCCGUGAUCUGGGUACCAAGGUUUCUGCAAUCAGUUUGGCAGUUUUAGGAUUAGCUGUGAUUUUAUCUAUAUUUUAA